UUUUUUCAGAUGGCAACAUUCAACAAUGAAAAUAUUUUAUCUUCUUAGUAUUAUACAGUUGAUUAAGCAAUGGCUUCAUACAGCCCUAAGCUGUUAGAAAAGAAAUACAAUAACUGGGUUAAAGCCCAGUUGGCUGUCCUGUUUACUAAAGAAGGUAUUGAACCUUUUGUUUGCAAUGAAAUUCAACAAUUUCAACAGAAAUGCUUAGAUGAUAUAUGUUACAGCAAUGGACUUUUAAGUGGGACUUUUUGUUCAAAUUGCUGUACGGAAAAUGUUAUUAAAUGUCCAACAAAUAGAAUAUGUAAUGUUGGACGUGGAAGAUGCAGUUAUCAUCGAAAUGCUGCAACAAGGUAUAAUCCUGCCGGCUGCCCUAACAAGAUAUGUCAUAAUUUUACAACAGAGAUACAGAAUGUACAUAGGUACUAUGGUCCAUCAUACAAAAACACUGAUGCUACACAGUGGUGCAGUAAUUCCUGGGAGAUAGCUAAAUGUUUCAUGCCCCCUGAUGGAUAUAAAGAUGUAGCUUGUGCACAAGAAACAGACUUCAAUGGAAUCAUUAGUGUUAUCAUUAAUUACAAAGACUUUCAGUUGAAAGUACACGAAAAGCUAGGCAACAAGAAAAACAUUUUUGAACAGGCAAGAGACAUUGGUAGGACUGUAAGACAUCAGAAUUAGAGGUAGAGGACAAAGACCUUCAGCAAUACUUCAA